AUGGGUAGAAUAUUAAAAAAUAGGGAAGACAUUGAAUGUGAAGCAUUACAAAAUAAGUUUCAAAGACGAAAAAUGAAAAGGUGUGGAAAGCAUAAUACUAUUGAACGCGCUUUGAAAAAUGGUUCGUAAAAGUUAGAAAUAAAGAUGCUCACGUGUCAGACCCAUUGCUUCGCCAAAAAGCUGAAGAACUGGUAGAAAAAUUUUUAAGGCAACAGUUGGAUGGUUACAUCGGUGGAAAAAAAAAAUAUUUCUUUCCAAAAAACACAUAGAGAACAAGGUGGCGCAGAUUUUGCUAGCUCACAUUUUUGGCUAGAAAAUGAAUGGCCAUCUCUGAUCUCUGAAUAUUCACCUUCUGAUGUGUUUAAUGCUGAUGAAACUAGUUUAUACAUUAGAUCGCUACCUGAAUAUACGUAUGUUCUGAAAAAUGACAAAGCAAAAGGAACAAAAACUUGUAAAUAACGAAUGACGCUAAUGUGUUGUACCAGUGUGACGGGAGAAAAAAAGAAACUGCUUGUUGUCGGAAAGAGUAAGCAGCCUCGUUGUUUCAAAGGAGUUAAAGCUUUACCUGUGGAUUAUUCAGCAAAUAAAAAUGCAUGGAUGACCCAAGAAAUCUUUAGCCAAUGGUUGAUCAAGUGGGAUAACUAACUAAGCAGAAAAAUUUUGCUUUUGGUAGACAACUGCACGGUUCAUAAUGUAAGUUUAAAUUUAAAGAAUAUAAAAUUGGUUUUUUACCGACUAAUACCACAUCAUUUAUUCAGCCUUGUGAUCAAGGAAUAAUUUGUACUCUUAAAGCUUACUAUAGAUCAAAAAUAAGGACAAGGAUAAUCACUCUCCUUGAUGAAACACUUGAAUAUGAGUCAACUUCAACUUUAAAAGCUAAUGAUCUAGCCAAGAAAUUUAACGUUCUUGAGGCUUUACACUUAGCAAAUGAAGCAUGGAACAAUAUAAGUGAUGUGACUAUACGAAAUUGCUUUCGUUACGGAGGCUUCGUAAAAACUGAGGAAGAAGAAGACGAGGAGAAAGUCAAGUCUAUUGAGACGCAGGAAGAUCUCAUUGACAAAACAUAUUUGGAUUGAAUGAAUAUUGACAGUGAUCUUCAAACUUCUGAAGAAUAUUCUGACGAUCAAAUUUGUCAGUCUAUCGCAAAUGAAUCGACCAGCAUCAGUGAAGAGAAAAAUGACGAAAGUGAUGGCGAUGAGGAAGAGGUUAAACCACCAUCAAACAAAGAGGUUCUAGAAGCUCUAGAAGUGUUAAAGAAAGCUGUGUUCAUCAGCGAGGUAAUAAUUUUAAUAUACAAUAUGAGUAUGAACAGUAUAUUUCUGGAAUAUUAG